AUGUUGGAGUCAACGUUAAAGGAAUUAAAUUUGGAACAACAGCCACAUUUAAUAUGGAACUUGGAUGAAACAUCAGUGUGUUUAGACCCUUCAAAGACAAAAGUAGUUGAAAAAAAGGGGACCCCAUCUUUUCGAACUACACAUGGUACUGGCAGAGAAAAUAUCACUGUAUUAACAGCUGUUAGUGCGAAUGUCAAGAAAAUAAGUCCUUUUUUAUUUAAAGGGAAAGUGUGGGAUUCAUGGGUAGCUCAAACUGAGGGCAAAUACGAUUUUGAGCUGUCUUAUGCCGAGAGUCAAAGAGGAUGGAUGGAUACACAAAUAUUUUAUAAUUAUAUAGAAAAAGUGUUUAUCCCUGCCCUUGGAAAAGAAAGACCAGUCCUCCUAGUUUACGACGGACACGGCAGUCACAUUGAUCUCAAUGUAGUCGAAUUAGCUAUUCGAAGCAAUGUAACGAAAUUAAAAUUACCGCCUCACACAUCCCAUAUCCUACAACCGUUGCAUAGCUGUAUUCAAGUCUUUUAA